GUCCCAGCGGGUGUCCAUUACUGCGGGUUAAAUUUUGCUGGUACCUUGGCCUGCCGGGGAUUGUAUCAGGAAAACCAUGUUCUUCCCUUUACUCCUGGUGAGAAGGGACACAGUGUAAUUGGUGUGACUGGCACUCAAGCUAUGGCAGCAGAGUGGGUUGUUGAUCAGAAGGUGAUAGUGGCAGCUGGAAGUGACCUCAAAUACGCGCUGGCUCUGAAGAGCAGCAUGAACCACAGCACGAACUGCAGCCGGAGCAGCAGAGAGGAAAUGAAGAUGCUCAAAAGCAGCAGAGCAGUCAACAUGGCCAUCGAGGCCAUCGGUGGGGACCUCUUCAAGGCAGCUCUGCAAAAUACAGCCGAGGAAAAAGGCUGUAUUUUUACCAGAGGAAAAAUCCCCCCGAUUCCCACCAACCUGCUGCUUCUGAAAGUGUCUGCCACAGGAGAGUGCUGGAGUCAGUACCAGGAAGAUGAUUUCCCCAUUUUUUUUCCCUCUACUAUCUCCUCCAUUCCCCAGUAUUGCCAGGAAGGAAAUAUCCAUCCCCAUGUUGGAGCAGCCUUCAAACUGGAAGAGGUAAAAGAAGCCUUCAACCACAUACUCCAGCGCAAGUUAGGAAAGGUCAUCAUCUCCAUGAAGUAA